GAAUUUUUAAGACUGACAUUUUGUGAAAGGCCGAUGACUUUACGCAAAUUUUUCUUUUUGUAAGAUUGAAUAAUUGUUCGAAAUGUAAAUAUUGCUUCCGAGAAAAAUGCACUUUCGAGUGUCUUUCAAGGAGAAUAUAUAAAGGAAGGAUUUCGAAGAAAUUUGAGUUCGCUUACCUCGACCCUCAGUAGCUGACUUUACUAGCCGGUCUGCGGUAUUCAACAUCAUGGGCCACUUUCUCCUGUCUAACUUAUUUUUGGUGAUUUCCGCUGUCUGCUUGAUUGUUCCUUUUUCAAGUGCUCUAGAUGUGGAUUUUGCUUACCAUGACUAUCCUCAAAUGACUGCCAUACUUCGAAGAUUUAACCGAGAACAUCCUGAACUUACGAAGCUGUACUCGAUUGGUAAAUCCGUGCAAGGAAGGGAAUUAUGGGUAAUGUUGGUAACCAGCGAACCAAACACCGAACCUCUACUGAAGCCAAAUUUAAAAUAUGUAGCGAACAUGCAUGGAAAUGAACCUGUCGGCAGGGAAAUGAUGCUGCAUCUCUUGUCAUAUCUACUGACGAAUUACGGAAAAGACGACUACGUAACGUGGCUGCUCGACAACAACAGACUCCAUAUCAUGCCUUCCAUGAAUCCUGAUGGAUUCGAACUCUCCGUUGAGGGAGAAUGUUCUGGAACACAAGGAAGGGGCAAUGCAAAUUUCCAGGAUUUGAACAGGAAUUUUCCAGAUUAUUUCUCCAGCACUAACCCUGUAGCACAACCGGAAACAGCAGCCAUGAGAGAAUGGAUUACAAGCACACAAUUCGUUCUUUCUGCAAACUUCCAUGGAGGGGCUCUGGUUGCAAGUUAUCCUUUUGACAAUAUUCCGAAAAAUACCCCCAGUAAUUUCCGUAGAAUGUAUAGUGCUUCCGUCACUCCUGAUGACAAUGUGUUCAGACACUUGGCUGAGUCUUACUCCUUCAAUCACAAGAACAUGUAUUUAGGUGUUACAUGUAGGGACGGGAAUCCUCCCUUCCCUAAUGGAACAACAAACGGCGCUGCCUGGUAUGCCCUACAAGGAGGUAUGCAAGAUUUUAAUUAUGUUUGGGCUGGUUGCAUGGAAAUUACUCUUGAAAUAUCUUGCUGCAAAUAUCCGAAAGCUUACACUCUACCUCAGUUUUGGAAUGAUAACAAAGCUGCCAUUCUGCAAUACCUCAAGGAGGCACACCAAGGUGUUUGGGGACAAGUAAUUGAUCCUUCCAAAAGUCCUGUUUCCAACGCAACAAUUAGAAUCAAAGGGAAAGAAUUUGGCUCCAGAACUACAGCUAGAGGAGAAUAUUGGAGAAUACUACUGCCAGGCUCAUAUAUUUUACAAGUGGAAGCUCGAGGAUAUGAACCCACUGAAAUCCCAAUUGAGGUUACAAAAGGAGUUAUAAUACAAAACAUAACAGUGUAUCCAUUGGCCACCAAUGAAGCCAGAUCUGAGCUAAAUACAAGAAGCGGUCUCUUCCCCAGUACCUCUCCUGUAUUUAACUCUGGGUCAUCUUUAAAAGCCACCUGGCCUACAUUUACGGUAAAUUCAAAUUUAGAAACCACAAAACCUUUCGAAACUUUUGGUGAUGGUUUUGAGUUUAUUAUGGGUGAUAAUAUAACAACUAAUUCUUCGAAUGAAAAUUUAGAAAAUGCUGAGACAACUCAGGAGAUAAGUAAUUUAACGACAUUAGAUCCUAAUUUUAUUGACUCGUCGCAUGAUAGGUCAACAUCAAGAUUUGUUCGUGCUGUUCCAUAUUAUGCUGUUUUAGGUAACAUUUGGGCAGUACUUUUACACAGACAAACAUUCAGAUAGGCAGAGUUCUUGUUAAAAAUGAUUAUUUUUUAAUAUUUAAUGAUUUCCUACUUAAUUUUUGACAAAUUUUUCUAAUCAAGUUAUUGCUGUUAUAUAGUUCAUAUUUGUAAAUAGUUGUAUUUUAAAGUGUAAAGUGUGUUUGCAAAGAGUUUGGUUGAUUUCGUUUCAACUACUUGCAGGUGCAAAAGCGUGCUUAUGUAAUAUUCUCCUGAAUUUACAUUUUAUUAGACAUUUUAUUAGAAAAAAAUGUUUUAAUAUUUUUCAUACUAGUUAUCUUUUUUCAAUUUUAUUAAUAUUGAGAGGAAAUUCUAUAAUAUUGUUUGAUAAAAAGUCAAGGUUCAUUCAAUGAGUUUCUGAAUUAAAAAAUCUUUUCAGCUUUUAAUAUGAAAACAUUAGUAUCUCAAUUGUAUGAAGUGUUUUUUUUUAUGUUCCUUUUUCUCUUUUAUGUCGACUUUUGAGACAUUUUUCAAGAUUCUAGUCACAACUGUAGAACUAUAAAUUAAGAUGUAAAUAAAUUGUUUUACUUUUAUUUAAGACAAAAUUUAACAAGAGUGAAAAUAUUUAAUAAAAUAAUAUAUUGAAAUACAUAAUCUAUAAAUCAAAUGAAAUUAAAGAUAUAAAGUAAAUUUUUGUAAAUUGGUGUGAUUAUAAAUAUGACAUAAAAUAAAUUAUGUACUAUACUUUCAGGAAAUUAUUUUGAUAGAUGUAAUAUAUUGACUUCAAAAUAUUUAUUUUUUUAUUGAGUACAUUAGUUUAUCAAAUGUGUAACUAAUGUUUUAUUAAAUAUCUAUUUUCCUUAUAUAGUAUUGUAUGAUAGGAGACUAUUAAAGAGUAAAAUGCAUAAAAUAAAAAUCUAAAUGAGAUGUU